AUGACUAUUGCCGACAGCUCUGCUAAGCUUGAAUUGGAAACAGUCAAGAAUUUAAUAUCAAAGGCCGGACUCCAGGUUCCUCUAUCAGAACUAGACGACUGGUCUGUUCUUCUGGGUAGUUUUGAGCAGAGCAUUCAGGAUAUUCUGCAAGAAGAGGAUGAUCUUCCUGUUCCCGACCUAUCCAAAUAUCCACGGACAGACAUAGCUAUUCCAGAUGCCACUCAAAGCGACAAAGGAGCUUGGGCGACAACAUGCAUCGCAAAAAGCACGGCGCCUACCUCGUCGCUCAUUGCUGGAAAGAAAAUUGCAUUGAAAGAUAACAUCGCAUUUGCUGGCAUGCGAACACUCAAUGGACUCGAUCCUUUGGCUCGUCCCUGGGUUCCCACUUACGAUGCAACCGUUGCAACCCGUAUCAUGGAUGCCGGCGGUAUCAUUGUUGGCAAAGCGACCUGCGAGGCAGCAUGUAUGGAACCCUCGUCAGAUACUUCCUGGACCGGCGUUGUACAUAACCCUUAUGCGGACAAUUACUCGUGUGGUGGGUCCAGCAGUGGAUCGGGCAGAGUCGUUGCGACUGGCUCAGCAGAUAUGGCUCUUGGCUGCGACCAGGGAGGGUAG